AUGUUCACAGUCAAGGGCACUGCGAUUCGAGCAUCACGCCCCCUUACGGUGGGUGCCACACGGGCCCGCCUAUCGCGGUGUCGUGCCGAGUCGACCGCCUCAUCUACUUCGGCCUUGGCCUACAAGGCCAUUCACAGUCGCAUUCAUCCUCUCCCUACGCCCGAGACGCCUUCGUCCUGGUCAGCGCAGGCGGCCGUUUCCAACAUUCUCUACGAAACUCCGUCACCCGCUAUCACGCCCGCCAAGCGUCACAUACUCAAUUGUCUAGUUCAGAAUGAGCCAGGCGUGCUCUCCCGUCUAUCGGGAAUUCUCGCGGCGCGUGGCUUCAACAUUGACUCGUUAGUCGUCUGCCACACCGAGGUUGAAGAUCUAUCCCGUAUGACUAUUGUCCUCUCCGGCCAGGACGGAGUGGUCGAGCAAGCCCGUCGCCAACUCGAAGACCUCGUGCCAGUCUGGGCUGUGCUCGAUUACACUAAUGCCCCGCUUGUCCAGCGUGAGCUGCUGCUAGCCAAAAUUAAUAUCCUUGGCCCCGAAUACUACGAAGAGCUCCAAGCACAUCAUCGUGAGAUCACUGCAGGUUCCAACGCUGAUUCUGCGACGCCCCCAUCAGCUACCAAUCGGACUGAUAACGAGUUCCACCCGCGCAAGAUGGUCAUUUCCCAGGCCUUACGCCACAAGCAUCAGCAUCUCAAGAGCAUUACAUAUUUGGCUCAUCAAUUUGGCGGUAAGGUGCUUGAUAUCAGCACUAAUAGCUGUAUCGUCGAAGUGUCAGCAAAAUCUACCCGCAUCGAUUCUUUCAUGAAGCUCAUUGCCCCAUUUGGUAUACUCGAAUCCGCUCGGACUGGUCUUAUGGCACUUCCCCGAUCUCCCCUGUACGGGCCUAAUGAAUCUGAUCAAAGUAAAGAUGCCGAAGAUAUUGUCGAUGCUAGCACAUUACCACCCGGCUAA